GCGCCGGCGCGCGCUGUUUCCGGAAGUCACCCCCGCGGUCUCCGCCGCUGCUGCCUGCGCUGCUGGCAGUGGAACUUCGCGAGUGGAACGGCAGAGGCGGGCCGGACGGGGCCGGGGCCUGGCCACUCUGCAAAAUGGAGAUAAUCAGGAGCAAUUUUAAGAGUAAUCUCCACAAAGUGUACCAGGCCAUAGAGGAGGCGGACUUCUUCGCCAUCGAUGGGGAGUUUUCAGGAAUCAGCGAUGGACCCUCGGUCACUGCAUUAACAAAUGGUUUUGACACUCCGGAAGAAAGGUAUCAGAAGCUUAAAAAGCAUUCCAUGGACUUUUUGCUGUUUCAGUUUGGCCUCUGCACUUUUAAGUAUGACUACACAGAUUCAAAGUAUAUAACAAAGUCUUUUAACUUCUAUGUUUUCCCGAAACCCUUCAAUAGAUCUUCACCAGAUGUCAAAUUUGUUUGUCAGAGCUCAAGCAUUGACUUUCUAGCAAGCCAAGGAUUUGAUUUUAAUAAAGUUUUUCGCAACGGAAUUCCAUACUUAAACCAGGAAGAAGAAAGACAGUUAAGAGAGCAAUAUGAUGAAAAACGUUUACAGUCCAAUGGUGCAGGCGCUUUGUCGUACACGUCUCCUAACACUUCAAAAUGUCCCGUGACGAUUCCUGAGGAUCAGAAGAAGUUUAUUGACCAAGUGGUAGAGAAAAUAGAAGAUUUAUUGCAAAGUGAAGAAAACAAGAACUUGGAUUUAGAGCCAUGUACUGGGUUCCAAAGAAAACUAAUUUAUCAGACUUUGAGCUGGAAGUAUCCCAAAGGCAUUCAUGUUGAGACUUUAGAAACUGAAAAGAAAGAGCGCUAUAUUGUUAUCAGCAAAGUAGAUGAAGAAGAACGUAAAAGAAGAGAGCAGCAGAAACACGCUAAGGAACAGGAAGAACUGAAUGAUGCUGUGGGGUUUUCUAGAGUCAUUCAUGCCAUUGCUAAUUCGGGGAAACUUGUCAUUGGACACAAUAUGCUCUUGGAUGUCAUGCACACAGUUCAUCAGUUCUACUGCCCUCUGCCCUCGGACUUAAAUGAGUUUAAGGAGAUGACAACAUGUGUCUUCCCCAGACUCUUGGAUACAAAAUUGAUGGCCAGCACACAACCUUUUAAGGAUAUCAUUAACAACACAUCCCUUGCGGAAUUGGAAAAGCGGUUAAAAGAGACACCUUUCAACCCUCCUAAAGUUGAAAGUGCAGAAGGUUUUCCAAGUUAUGACACAGCUUCUGAACAGCUCCACGAGGCAGGCUAUGAUGCUUAUAUCACAGGACUGUGUUUCAUCUCCAUGGCAAACUACCUAGGUUCUUUUCUUAGUCCUCCAAAGAUUCAUGUGUCUGCCAGAUCAAAACUCAUCGAACCUUUUUUUAACAAGCUAUUUCUCAUGAGAGUCAUGGAUAUCCCCUAUCUAAACUUGGAAGGACCAGACUUGCAGCCUAAACGUGAUCAUGUCCUCCAUGUGACAUUCCCCAAAGAAUGGAAAACCAGCGACCUUUACCAGCUUUUCAGUGCCUUUGGUAACAUUCAGAUAUCCUGGAUCAAUGACACAUCAGCAUUUGUUUCUCUCAGCCAACCUGAACAAGUACCAAUUGCUGUCAAUACCAGCAAAUAUGCAGAGAGCUAUCGGAUCCAGACCUAUGCUGAAUAUGUGGGGACAAAGCAUGAGGAGAAGCAGAUCAAGAGAAAGUGGACAGAAGAUAGUUGGAAGGAGGUUGAGAGAAAGCGGUUAAACACGCAGUGCAUCUCCUAUGCUUUGCAGAAUCACUGUUACCAAGCCAAUAGUCUCACAGCCACCAGCACAGUAGGAAAGAGAAAUCUGAGUCCCAGUCAAGCAGAAGGUGGCCUGGAGCCCAGAGUAUCGGGGGAGAUUUCUGACACUGAGCUUGAGCAGACAGAUCCCUGUGCAGAAUCCCUCUCAGAGGGAAGGAAAAAGGCCAAGAAAUUAAAAAGGAUGAAGAAGGACCUUUCUCCGACAGGAAGCAUCUCGGACAGCUCAGCCAAGCUCUUUGAGGUCCCUGACACGUGGUAACCAAGACCUGAGUGGAACAAACCGCUGGUGCUGUUGCUGAGAAGGAAAGAAGCAGCCGGCAUUUUUGGAAGCCAUACUGUGUUUAACUGAAUCCAAUGUGGUGCAGGAGGGGUUUGAAACCAAGUGUGUGUCUCCUGAAAACUCCCAGUUUUUAUCGUCAAGGCUGUGUUCCUUCCUCUUUAGCAUCACCUGUCUGCUGGCGCUCAGCAUGUCGUCGGCUGUCAUGUAUACGUGAUUAACCAAGUCAUUACUUGUUGCUCAUGUGAAACCCUUCCUGUCAUGAGUCUGUGUUUAAGAAUCCACCUGAUGGGGAAGGUUGGCCGUGAGAUUUCACAGAAAGAGCCGACACUCUUGGGUGCUGUGAUCCUGAAUUUGGGGUUGAACUCUUUCCUGCUUUGAGAGGUUCUCACCCAUCAUCUCACGCUCAGGCCUGGGGGCAGCCCCAGCGCGUGGGUGUGUCUCCCAGUAGAGAAUUUGGUUGCGUCUGCCUGCUUUCCACCAUUGCUGCCCGAAAAUAUGAGGCUCUCAAGCUUGUUUUCCCAGUAGGAAAAUGUCUACCGCUGUCAACACCUGCCUUGACCUUUGGGGCAUAUUUAUUUAGAGUUUUUCCCCUAAGAUGUGAGUUUCUCAUGGUGGAGUGUACGAGUGAAAAAUUAAUUUCUGUUUUCCCAUGUAGCGCUGCUUUCACUUUUCAGUAUCUUAGCCUGGUGUCUUCUCUGUUUGGUGGCGUCUGGGGGUGAGGUGGCGUGUGUGCAUGUGUGUGAAAUCAUGACAAAUCGACACCAUGUACCAGCCCUUUCUCUGUUGAAACAGAUCACAACAGGGACAGAAUCUCGUGGAUCUACUUCAGUAGAUCUGCUUCAUAUAGAUCAUUGUUAGAUAUUUAACAUUUUUGUAUCGUGGAAAUAAAAAUGAAAAAUGUAUUUCCAAAAGAUGAAAAUUAAAGAAAUUUUCAUAGGA